UAAUUUUUUGCUGUUAAUGUAAUGCACCUGAAAAUUAAAGUGUUCAACACGAACACUUAUACAAGUAAUUAGUGGUGAUAGUUCUGUUUGUUUGAAUGAAAAACUCAUCCGUUACGACAGACAUAUGUUUCAGUUAGUCGCUGAUUUAGUGGUUAGUGUUUUACAUGGACUUUGCUGAUAAGCUAGCGGCCAGCGACCUUAAUUAGUUAAGCCUGUGUGAAAAUAUGAAACGGACGAUGAUCAAAGACUUUCCCGGAGCCGGAUAGCGUUGUCGAGUGAUGGACUUUGCUGAGAUCGUCAACCGUGUGAAUCUUCUCUUGAUCAAUCUUCUCAUCAUCACGAAUCCUCUCCACCUGUCUUCUGCUGCUGACGCCGUUGAUCCGAAGCACGUGAGAUUACAUGCACAUUGAAGAAAGUUGCAAUUUGUUUGUUUGGCCUUUAUGGUGAAACAGCCAUUGAGUUUAAGGCUACAACGUACCCGAGCUACAUUCAGGCCUGCAUCAUUUGAACACUUGAAGGGUAUUUCAUUUUAAGAUAGGUUUUUGCCGGCUAUUUUAUUUUCUUGGGCCCUUAUUUGUUUAAUGUGAUUUAAAUGCAGCUGUGAUGUGAAAAGUGAGUUGUAACAGACAUAUUUAAUUUCUGACAUUCUUUUCUAAGUAAAUCUGUUUUAUAUAUUUUUUUUUAAACCUUUGUGGUUACUGACUCUUUUGAUAUUUUCAGUUAAUUAAGAAAAAGAGUACAAUUUGGGUUAAAUUUGAAAUUGUUUAUAGGAGAAGAGUAAUUUCAAGACCUUUAAUUUCCUGUUAAAGUGUGAAUAUUACUGUUUAAAUUGUGAUUUAAAGGGGAAUAGUGUUUCAUUUAAAAAGAUAGUAACAGCACACACACACACAAGUUAGAUACACUUACAUUUAUUUGUGAAACCUCACUUAUUUGAUUUAAAAGAUAUUUAAAGAACUCAGGAUAGCCACCUCUCAUUAUAGUUCAGCACCCUAGAGAGGCGCUACAAGCAGUGGCGGCUCCAGACAAUUUUGAUUGGGGGGGCAAUGGGGGGUCCUGGUCUUUUCAAGGGGGGUCUCAUGAAAACCAACAAAAAAUACAGUGGGCAUGGCUAAUAACUGCAUAUUUCUGCUACUAAACAACGAAAACACCUUUGCAAUGUAAACAAAUGACAGGCUACAUUUGUUAUUCAUAUCCUUCACACUGCACUUUCAUGUCAGGUAUAUUAUGCAUUUUUAUUGACAUUGAUAUUUUUACAUUUAUUUCCAGAUAGAUAUUAUUGAGUUUACAGGCUAAAGUGGUCUUGCUGUUGUAAACACUGUUGCUUUUGUAGAAAAAAUAUUUGCAUCACAUUUAAAAUAUAAUUAUAUUUUAAUUCAUUUCUGAAUUGUUUUUAUUUUUAUAAUGAUAAUUCAGAGAAUGAGAAAAUCUGAAUAAGCCUUACCAGUGUUGUGAUAAUUAUUUUUACGUGUUAAAAAUAAAUAAGUACUGUAAUAUAAUAAAAGUUUAUUCAAAUAACAUAAAAAAGACCAGACCCCUCGAUGCAUGUGAAACUUUUCUCCCUCAAACAGCACGCUAGUGUUACUUCUACACUACAGCAAAGAGUAUAGAAGUUACUUCUAUACUCUUUGACUACAGGCUACACACUGCAAUAUAAACAACGUAUCUGCAUGUUCUCACAUCACAUCGUUCUUGUAAAAUAAUAAUAAGUAAAUAAACACCAAAAUCACUUCGCUGAGAAUGAAACGCCACUUACCAGCUGCCACGAUGUUGAAAAUAUCCUCUAGCAAUUAAAAAAUGCGCAUGCAGCAUGAGGAAUCUUCCCGGUUGGAUGAGGUCGUAGUCAGGUGAACGGUCAUCAUGUUGGUCAUUUUAUUUACGGCUAAAUUAUUAUUAAUAAAUUGUACUAAUAUUAUGAUUGGGCGUGGGCAGGCAUUCACAAAAGUUUGUUAUUACAAAAAAAAAAAAUGAGGAAAUUUUGCUUUGACAAAAGGGCACUUAAGGGGCAAAGGAGCAGGUGCUCAAGUGAACCGGUUCUUUCGGACAAUUCGAUCAAAUAAACCAGCUGAAAAAAAAAAAUGGUUCACCGGUUCUUUUGCGCUCUGUGUCAGUCAGCUUCACGCUGAAUCACGCAUGCGCAGUUAUCAUCAGCUCAUCGGUUCUCGAAUCGGACGCGUACGACAGAAACGGUUCUCGGUUCAGUGUAUGAAUAAAUGUCGAAAUAAUUAUUAUUUAUUAUUGUUCUGCGUAGUUUGAAGAGAAACAUUUUUGGAUCUUUAUCCCGAAUAUAUAUAUUUUUUUAAUCAGGAAGAGGCUGGGGGGUCAAAUGGGGGGUCAAGGCAUUUUUUGGCAGGGUCUUGAGACCCCCCAAGACCCCCCGUGGCACCGCCGGUGGCUACAAGAAGCAAGUGGAGAGGCAUCCAGCUGCAGCCCCACAGACUCACUUCUGGUUGACACCAGUUGGACACCAGUGGCUGGACACCAGUGGAUGGACAGCAGACGUAAUUUCCGUAUAGUCAUUCACUUUUCAAAUUGACGUCAUUUCCAUAUCGUCAUUCACUUUUCAAAUUGACGUUAUUUCCAUAUCGUCAUUCACUUUUCAAAUUGACGUCAUUUCUGUAUCGUCAUUCACUUUUCAAUUUUGAUGCGCCAUGCAGAUGUCAGCAGUAAAAAAAUAAUAAUAAACUGUCGAUGAUUUAUAGGUCAUGUCAGAAUUCAAAUGCACAAACUAGCUAGUUAAAAAAAUCGUCUUGUUUUCAAGGUACUGUGUUGUGUUUUUUUAAAGGUAUUAGUGAACUCUGGUGUGCCUCAAUUCUAGAGCUGGUGUAAUCCAGGUCAAAAUUGAGCUGAUCAGAAAAAUAAAUAUAAUUUAUAAUAAUUAUAUUCUUACUCAAAAUGUUUAAACAAGAAACAAGAUGUGUUGCAAAAGUCGUUCUGCUGUAUGUUGAACAUUAAAACAAUUAAUUUUACUAUAAUAAUUAAAGCGUGACGUUUGCCAUAAGGCGGGCGCUGUGCAUGACGUCACUGUAAUGAGACGCAUGGUUGCAGAGAGAGCACGAGUUUCACAGAUCGCGAGUGAAUUCAAACUGGAUCAAAAGGCAAAUAUAACAAUCAUCCUUGCUUAAUAUACAUAAAUAAUAAGUUGUAUGUUGUUGUAAUCCUUAUAUUAAUCUUAUUUGGGCCAUUUUAGUGUGAUGAUUAAUUGAUUUUGGAGUGGAUGAUAGCCGAUUGAGAGCCCUGUAGAAUCCGAUGUGACUGAUUAAUUGUUUAGUGAAAUCCCCCGGAUUUGGUCAGGUUUUUUUGAGAUUGCGAAAUAAGCUGUGAUCCUGAGAUGGCGAGCCACCCAGCUGAAAAGUCCUAAAAAGAGACAAGAAAUCCUGUGAUUCAUUGAGUGAUCAGUGCCUUAUCUGACGUAACAAGUGGAAUUCAUCCUAAGUGGUAUUUCUCAGCAGUUACCACAACACUGAGUAUCGUAAAGAGACAAUUGUUGCACUACAGACAGCUUUGCACACAAACACACAAUUGUUCCAUCGACUGAGAACUGUUUAUCUACUGAAUUACUGUCAAGUAUUGUAUUAUUUUCAGUUUUUUUUUCUUAAAGUAAUCUGUUGUUUGAAAUGGAUUUCCUUUGUUUUGGGUAAAGGUUAUAAUUCAACCCGGCUAAUAAGAAACAAAGCUCCAACAAAAAAACGAUAAUAAAUUAGAACACUAAAAAUUACAUAAACGGUAAAAUGUAAUCUAAGUCUCUAACAAAUUGAUAUAUACAAAAAAAUACCAAAGUAAAUAAAUAUAAUAAGAAUAUAUAUAAUUAGAUCAAGUAACCACCAAGGAGCUCAAACCAUACAUUUCUUAAAGGGAAAGAGAAAGACAAUCUCAUUGUUUAUACAAUUGUAUUGUGUACUGCUAAUUCAUUUUAUUUUACAAUCAUUUUCAAUCUUGCUGCAAAGUAAAAGGAAACAAUUUAGUACAAGUCAUUUCCUGGUCUGUCUGUUUUUUUGUGUUAACGUGUUUUAACUCAUUUUGCCCUCUGUAGCGAAUCUAGAAUUCUGGUCCAUAGUGUGUAUUCUGACAUACAGAGUAUACACACAGAGAAGGAGUAGCUAUGGUGCAGUACAUAGCACUACCUGUUACAGUUAGUGGCGAGCCAGCCAGGAGGGGAUUGUAGUAUUAAAAAAAAAAACUUUAAAGACACAAGAGACCAGGAAAAUAACUUUAAAAUUUGAAGUAGUGCAAAUAGUGUCAAUAUGGAAGUAGUUGAGCUUGAAAACAUCAUAAUUGAAAAUUAGUGGAGUCACAAAUACAGAACUUGAUGAAGAUCUGACUGAUUUUCUACACAAGUAUGGUCAUGUCCAUAGACACCUUUCCAUAGAUAAUCCCAAAUUGCCUUAUCGUAGGGAAGUCAUAGUAGAGUACAGCAGUUGUUCUGCAUUAGUGGCUCUUAAACCCUUGUUGCCUUACACUUUCAAGGGCCCGUGCAACGUCGCUUCUGUCAAAUGUCUAUAUGUCAGCAGUAACUGAGAAUGCAACACACCUCUACUUUGCAGAACUGAAGAGAAUAGCAAAGCUCAGUGGCAGAGCUUUUGACGAUCUCUUGAAAGAGCAGCUUUACUCAAGUGCUGCCACUGCUGCUGACAAUCUGACUUAUGCAAACGAUCUUGAGUCAUCACAAACAACUGAUUCUUCAUCUGACUCUCCUUUUCCACCCAAAGGAGCUGAAAAUUCAGAAGGAAGACGAAUCUCCGAUAAAGUUCACACAGUGGGUACAGAAAGCUUUUCACCCACACUUGAGGCAAAGGAUGUGAACCCACCUGAAGUCCAAAGAAUGGUCGUUGAGCACAUUGUGAAAAGUGAUGGAGUUUCAUCCUCUAGUAGUGCAUCAUUCAGGCUAAGAGUGUUCUCAGGCAAAGUUCUUCGUCCUACUGGCGAAGUUGAUUAUGACACCUGGCGGAACAGUGUAGAGUUAAUUCUUCAAGACUCUUCACUGUCUGACUUACAUCUGUCUAGGAGUAUUGUAGACAGCCUACUGCUGCCAGCAUCUGAAUUUGUCAAGCAGUUAGGUCCAAGAGCCUUACCUGUUGCUUACCUCGAUAUCUUGGACUCCGCUUUCAAUACCGUAGAGGAUGGGGAUGACCUUUUUGCAAAGUUUCUGAAUACGUUACAAAACGCAGGUGAAAAGCCUUCCUUGUACUUGCAACGGUUGCACACUAACCUUCUCAAAGUGAUGAAAAGAGGCGGUAUUCCUGCUGACGAAGCUGACCGACAACUUCUGAAACAAUUCUGUCGGGGUUGUUGGGACGACACACUAAUAGCAAACCUUCAGCUUGAGCAUAAAAGAAACCGACCACCUGAGCUACUCUUACAGUUGCGUAGUGAGGAGAACAAACACUUUUCCAAAGAAAGCCGCAUGAGACAGCUCCUAGGCGCGCAGAGGCAAAGAGCCAACUCCCAUAUUGUCACUGCUAAUCCUCUUGACCUAGGUCUAAACGAAAUGUCAGAAGGAACUGAGGUUGCUGAAUUAAAAAGACAAGUUUCCAAGCUCCAGAGUCAGCUUGCCAAGCAUAAGAGUAAACCGACUGGAAGAAAUGUGUUGCCUUCUACCGAUGCUGUUCUUGAGCUAAAGCAACAAGUCACAGAGCUCCAGAGUCAGAUGACAAAUCUAAGCGUCCAAAAAACCCAGAUCCAAAGAACAAUCCAGGCAAAGUGAAGCAGACAAGCAUACACAUUCCCAGAGAGAAAUCUCCUACAGCUGACCACAAGCCGCAUCACCGGCCAAGGCCAGGCUACUGUUUUCAAUGUGGUGAGGAUGGGCAUGUUGCUUCAACCUGCGAAAAUGAUCCAAACCUGACCCUAGUGGACCAUAAAAGAGGAAGCAAUUGAAAGAGCGCCAAGCCCAAUGAGAGAGUCAAUAUGGUCAGAGUGCCUCAGGAACUUAGUCUCAAGAAGUCAGCGAAUGUAAGCAAACUGAACUCUCAUGGAAAAUGGCAUCCAGUUGGCCUACCCAAAGGAUUAAUUGGUACAAAAUGCACUGCUCAGGUGAACAUUGAGGGAAACCUUUGUUCUUGUCUACUUGACACAGGGUUGCAAGUGACCACCAUUUCCCAUUUGUUUUAUGAGCAGAAUUUGCCUGGACUAAGCAUAACUUCCCUAGGUGACCUGCUGGAAAUAGAAGCAGGCAAUGGUCAAGCAGUACCCUACCUGGGGUUUGUUGAAGUAAAAAUGUCAUUCCCCAGAGACUUUCUUGGAUCUGACAUUGAAGUAUCAACUCUUGCUUUGGUGAUUCCAGAAACUGGUGGCACUGCCCAGCCAAAGGUAUUAAUAGGGACGAACACUUUGGAUCUUGCAUAUGACAAGUACCUUGAAACCAACGAUUCAGUUUGUCAAGCUGUUCCAUUUGGCUACAGAGCCGUGAUUCAGACCAUUGAACACAGAUGCCUGCAGAAAGUAAACCGUAGCAUAGGAAUUGUUAGGCUCCCUGAUGUUACUCCUACUGUUGUGCCUGCAGGUCAAAAUAUCGUUCUGGAAGGAGUGGUGAGUGUUUGAGGACAAGUAGCAGAAAAAUGGGCUGUGAUGGAGCCUCCUUCAUGUUCACCCUUUCCUGGAGGUCUGCUAGUUGCCAGCUGCUUGCUAAACUUACCUAAGCAUCCAUCACGCAAGGUUCCAGUGGUGUUAAAGAAUGAAACAGAACAUGACAUUAUCAUCACUGGCAAGAGCGUGAUUGCAGACAUACAUGCUUUGCAAAAAGUAAUGUCACACAACGUUCAAUCUGAUUGUUCAGUGUCAAGUGGCCCUGAAAAGUCUGACAAAGAACUCUGUUUUGACUUUGGUGAUUCCUGUCUGCCAGAGGAGUGGAGAAAGAGGAUCACUCAGAAACUGUGCACCAUGCCUGAAGUCUUUGCGUCACAUGACAUGGAUGUAGGCCAAACAGACACAGUGAAGCACAAUAUCAAGUUACACACCGAAACUCCUUUCAAGCAUAAAGCAAGACCAAUUCAUCCUAACGAUCUUGAAGCUGUCCGUCGACACCUAGAAGAAUUGCUUGAAGCAGGUAUCAUUCGUGAGUCAGAAUCCCCUUUCUCUUCUCCUAUCGUGGUAGAAUGGCGAUGUAAGACUUUGCAUUGAUUACCGCAAGUUGAACAUUCAGACCAUCAAGGAUGCAUAUGCCUUACCCAACUUAGAAGAAACCUUUUCAGCACUUUGAGGUUCAAAGUGGUUCUCAGUGCUCGAUCUCAAAUCUGGGUAUUACCAGAUCGAAGUAGAAGAGAAAGACAAACCCAAGACUGCCUUCGUAUGCCCAUUGGGCUUUUGGGAGUUUAAUAGGAUGCCUCAGGUCAUCACUAAUGAUCCCAGCACAUUCCAAAGGCUGAUGGAGAAGUGCAUGGGUGACAUCAACCUUUCAGAAGUCUUGGUGUUCUUAGACGAUUUAAUUGUCUUCUCAGAUACUUUAGAAGAGCAUGAGAGACGUCUUCUUAAUGUUUUGGGACGCUUGAAAGACUAUGGUUUAAAGCUUUCAUUGGAGAAAUGCAAGUUUUUCCAGAUGUCAGUGAAAUAUCUCGGUCACAUCGUCUCAGAAAAUGGUGUGGAGACGGAUCCCUAAAAGAUAGAAGCCAUUAAAACCUGGCCAAGUCCAACCUGAAAGAGUUGCGUUCCUUUCUGGGUUUCUCCGGUUAUUACCAACGAUUUAUUAAGGACUAUGCGAAGAUAGUGAACCAUUGAACGAACUAACCGUAGGAUAUCCUCCUCUUCAGAAGAGUUGCAAGAUGAAAGGCAAGGAGAAAACCUACCUUGAUCCUAAAGUACCUUUUGGAGGGCGAUGGAAAACCGACUGUCAGCAAGCAUUCGAAACACUCAUUGCAAGACUUACCGAAGCAUCAGUGUUAGGAUUUGCCGACCCUGGGUUGUCGUAUGUGCUACAUACAGAUGCGAACACUACCGGACUAGGUGCAGCACUCUAUCAAGAGCAAGAGGGCGUGCUGCGAGUGAUUGCAUAUGCCAGUCGAGGAUUGUCAAAGAGCGAGGCCCGGUAUCCUGCCCACAAGCUGGAGUUCCUAGCUCUGAAGUGGGCAGUUACCGAGAAGUUUUGCGACUAUCUGUAUGGGAGUAGUUUCAAGGUGAUCACGGACAGCAACCCCCUCACUUAUGUUAUAACUUCAGCGAAGUUGGAUGCAACUAGCUAUAGGUGGUUGUCUGCCUUGUCCACUUUCUCCUUUACCCUCCAGUAUCGUCCUGGGAAGAGCAAUCUUGACGCAGAUGCACUCUCAAGAUGCCUCAUGGUGAUCUGGUGAAUGAUUUAACAUCUCAGAAAGAACAAGAUCGAGUAGCCAAUUCCAGCCUUGUUCCCCUUGAUGUAAUACAAGCCAUCUGUGACAAACAUACGUUAUGUCAAGCUGGUGACAACAGUUGCAUCAAACUUGAGUCACUCUCUAUGUGCCCGGAAGCAAUUCCAGAAGGUUAUGAGCAGAUGGAAGGAUCUUCAGUUGUUCACUGUAUGUCAGAACAGGAGUUAAAAGAAAAACAGAGAAAUGUCCCAGCUUUGCGAGAAGUGAUUCUUCAAUUAGAAUCAGGAGACACUAUAUUACCUGCAUUGAGACGUGAGCUUCCAGAACUUCCUUUCCUGUUAAGAGAAUGGAAAAAACUUGAGAUAAGGGAUGGUGUUCUCUAUCGCAAAAGAACUGUUGGAGACUGCACAACUUACCAACUCGUCCUUCCACCUGACUUAAGAGCCAUGGCCAUGGAGAGUCUGCAUGACGACAUGGGUCACAUGGGAAUAGAACGGACUCUUGAUCUCAUCCGGUCCCGAUUCUAUUGGCCCAGGAUGGCUACUGAUGUUGAAAACAAAGCCAAAACCUGCAGCCGCUGUGUGUGAGGAAAGACCUUGCCAGAGAGAGCAGCACCCCUAGUGAACAUCCAAGUCACCCGACCACUAGAGUUGGUGUGUAUGGACUUUUUGUCAUUGGAACCCGACCGUAGCAACACCAAAGAUAUCUUGGUGAUAACAGACUUCUUCACCAAGUAUGCGGUCGCGGUUCCCACCCCAAACCAAAAAGACAGAACAGUCGCUAAGAGUCUGUGGGAGAAUUUUAUUGUGCAUUAUGGCGUGCCUGAAAAGCUUCACAGUGACCAAGGACCUGAUUUUGAGUCCAGGACAAUAAAAGAACUCUGUGAAAUCGCUGGCAUCAAAAAGGUCAGAACUACACCUUACCAUCCUAGAGGAAACCCAGUCGAGGGUUUCAACCGCACACUGUUAGGAAUGCUUGGUACUUUGAAAGCUAAAGAGAAAACACAUUGGAAAGACUUUGUGAAACCACUGGUACAUGCUUAUAAUUGUACAAAACACGAGACUACAGGAUUCACGCCGUACAAACUUAUGUUCGGGCGGCAACCAAGAUUGCCAGUAGACUUGGUUUAUAACACCUCAGUGAAUCAUGAAAGUCCCAAGUUUCAUUCACAGUAUGUGCAGUCUUUGAAAACUCACCUUCAGGCUAGCUACAAGCUAGCUCAGAAGAAUGCAGCCAAAAGUGCAGAAAGGAACAAAGUCCGUUUCUCUUGAGGAAGGUGACCGUGUGCUGGUCAGAAACGUUAGGAUACGUGGGAAACAUAAACUGGCUGACAGGUGGGAUCCUGUGGUACACGUUGUAGUGGGAUGUGCUGGCGAACUACCUGUCUACACGGUGAAACCUGAGAGACAAGAAGGUCCCUUACGAACACUGUAUAGAGACUUAUUACUACCUUGUGGGUUUUUGUCUUCACUUGCUGAGGAUGAAGUUGAUGUGACGAAACCUCCGAAAAACGGGCAGCCAGACAAAGCAGAGAUGAGGAAGCUGAGCAAUGUCCUGAGAACUAUCAAAGUUUGGAUGAGGAUGACUAUGUACGCCAGAUCUCUGAAGUGCCAGCUAUUACCUCAGAAAGGUUCAUCCGGGAAUACCAUGUCAUAAGGAAGCCUGUAGAGGUUCCUCUUAACUCUAAUUCAGCAAACAAAAUCUCAUCUGACAUACCAUCAAUCCCAAUUGAUGAUUCAGAGAUGAUUUCGCCUGAAUCAGAAUACUUACUUGGUACCGAAAACUCAACUGAUACACAGUACUUACCUGAAGCGGAAUCUUCAUCUGGUCACGCAGAACCUGUAAGGGAAACCCUGAAAGAAAGAAACAACUCACCUCAAGUAGAAGAGCAGACAGUGGAUGUACCUGGUGGAAGGAAAAAGGGAAAAGACAAUGAAACGACUUCAGUGCAAAUUGAGGAAACCGUACCUGAUGUUCAGUUGAAGAAAAGCACUACCUGUUUACACUAACGUUAGGUUGCUACACUAGAUUUUCCAAUUAAAUCGUUCUUUAAGUGGUAUGAUUUAAUAUUGUAAAUACAUUUUUUUUUCACUCGGAUGUGUGAAGAUUGAACCCAGUUAUCGAGAUCUCAUAGAACAGUCUUGGUAGAGAAUAGUCUAAAAUGCUAGGUUGUCUAUGCACACGAGAGUUUGCUAGCUAGCUGUGUUUUUUUGUUUUUUGUUGUAGUACUUUUCCCUAUGCAGGUGUAAAUGCCUGAUGCUUAAUAUGUUUAUGAUGAUGUUUAAAGCGCUUUGGUGGCCAUGGGUCUGUUGAAAGCGCUAUAUAGCCUAAAUGCAGUCCAUUUACCAUUUUACAUAUUUUGUAUAGGAGAAUGUUAACAAGUUUUUUUUUUUUUUUUGUUACCAAACUAUUUUUUACAGUCCAUCUACCACACACAACUUUUUACCAACAUUGUUCAAUUCAUUUUUUUUUUGGAAAGUUAUUAAUUGGAUUUUUGUAAACUCUUAUGAAUUAUAAGGUACUACCGGUAUUUCAUAUGUGUCACUAUACUUAUUACGUAAACAAUAUAUUAAUACUACCCUC